AAAAGAAAUAUUAAAAGCGAUACAAUUUUUAAAAAUUCUAAAUCGCGUUCUAAGUCCAUUUUCAAGGCACUCGAAACUUUCAAGCAAUAUACCGAAGAAUCAAUUUGCUCGGCGUGCCACUUUUUCUUGCGCAAUUACACGCUGACAUUAUACUCUCCACUGAAGACUACAAUUAAUUUGACCUGUUCGCGUGGAAGCCAAAAAGAAAGAUCUGUUAGAAAAGAAUGCAAUGGCGAGUGAAAGUCACCGACCAUGUCCCAAAGAACGUAUCUAAAUUGCGCGGCUUUCCGUUUACGUUUACCCGUUCCUCUGGUGCAAUUAAAAUGAUCAGGCAAUCGGGCGCAACGUGAAACGAUUUUGCAGCCUAUCUGUAGAAAACUGCAUUCCAAAAAUUCAUGACAUCUCGAAUUAAAUUUUACCACGAACGCGUAUCGAUUUCGCGCUCGAUCGUCGCGCCUCGUCGACUUCCCUUUUUCAUUAGGCGACCGUUUAAAUUAAAUUGCGAGACGAGUACUUUCGUUCCGUGAGGAGUCACCCCCCACUUUCAUCCCCACUUAUUCGUCCUUUGGUCGGCUCGAAUCGUCGACAAGUUAUUCGCCACUCAGUCAGUCAGUCAGUCAGUCAGUCAAGCACAUAAUCGAUCACUCGUUGAAUCAAUUAAACCGUUCGUUUGAUCCUCGACGACUCGAGGGGCGGCCAGCGGUGAUUUAUGGGGAUUCCUCUCUGACAAACUCCCUGGCUGACAGUGCGAUCAAGUUGCCAAACGUGCUCGUGUGGCCGCAGUGAGUUAUCGUCGGUCGAGUGUUAAGGCGUGGAUAAUUUGUUUCGUGGGCGAAGUACAAAACGGUAUCGUGAUAUGACUAUAAUUUAAAAAAAUACUGAAUGUAUCGUAGGUAUUCAUCGCUGAGAAAUAAUAAAAAGGGAGGAUCUGGAAUCACGACAACUCGCAAAGUGAACGCAGAAGGGAGCAGGCGGCUGGGAAUUGUUGAGUUACCGCUGCAGGCAACGGGAAACCAACGCUUCGCGAUCAAAGAAGAAACUUCGCGAGACCAGGAAAUAUUCAUGAGGAAGAGGUGCACGUGAACGAUCGAUAUGCGUCUCGAGAAACGUUCCGCGUUGAUUCUGACAAACACCGCGAAAAGGUGAUUAACGAUUAUCGGUAAACCCACGUAAGCAGCUGUGGGAGGAAGAACGAGGAUGGAGCUGAACUUGUUCCUCACCUGUGCCAUGGCCCUGAUGGUAACAUCGAUUGCUCUGAUCAACGUCACAGAUGCGAGCCCGCCUUACUACGUGAAACCCAUCGAGGACGAGCACGAUUACGCUCCCGUCCUGGAGCUAUCGCUAUUAUUUUACGAAGCUCAGCGAUCAGGAAAACUGCCGAAGAACAAUCGGAUAUCAUGGAGGGGGGAUUCAGCAUUGAACGACCACGGUUUGAAUGGCGAAGACCUCACUGGAGGCUAUUAUGAUGCUGGCGAUUUCGUGAAGUUUGGGUUCACAAUGGCCUCGACGACAACCCUUUUGGCUUGGGGUGCUGUCAGCUGGCCAGAAGCAUACUCAGCGGCAGGACAGCUCGACGAAGUCCGCGACGCCAUCAAAUGGGCCACGGACUACUUCAUCAAGUGCCACGUGACCGAGUACGUCUUCUACGGACAAGUAGGCGAUUUCACUCUGGAUCAUACGUUCUGGGGAAGACCUGAAGAACUGAACACUACCAGGCCAGCCUACAAGAUCGACCCUGAGCACCCUGGUUCCGACCUGGCAGGCGAAACAGCAGCAGCCCUCGCGGCUACCAGCAUAGUCUUCCAAAACCACGAUCCAGAGUACAGCGCCAAAUGUUUGAAACACGCCAAGGAACUGUAUAAAUUCGCCAACAGAUUCCGUGGACUUUAUCACGAGGCGAUCCGCGGUGCUGCUCAGUAUUACGAGAGCACCGAUUACGGCGACGAGUUAGCCUGGGCAGCCGUUUGGCUUUUCAAAGCAACCAACGACACGACGUAUCUCGAGGACGCUGAGCAUCAUUACCAGCACUUCCAUCUCGAACAGAGACCGAACGAAUUCUUCUAUAACAAGAAGGUCGCUGGGGUUCAGGUCCUGUUGGCGGAACUGACAGGUCAGCAAGAGUAUCGGAGAGCAGCGCGCGUCUUCUGCGACUUCUCGGUGCGCCAACAGAAGCGCACCCCAAAGGGUUUGCUCUAUAUCGACAAAUUCGGUACACUGUGCCACGCAGCGAACGUGGCGUUCGUCUGUCUGGAAGCAGCUGAUCUACCUGACGUUGGCGACCCCAAAGAAUAUCGUGAAUUUGCUGAGCAACAAAUUUAUUACAUGUUGGGCGGUAGUGGAAGGAGUUACGUGGUGGGAUGGGGUCGAAAUCCACCGAAGCAGCCUCAUCACGCAGCGUCCUCCUGUCCCGACAGACCAGAAGCCUGUGGAUGGCCAGAAUUUGAUAAAGACGCACCCAACCCUCAGGUCCUAUACGGCGCCCUGGUCUCUGGGCCCGACGAGGCGGACGAGUUUCAGGAUCAUCGAGAAGAUUACGUGUACACCGAGGUCACGUUGGACUAUAACGCUGGUUUCACGAGCGCGCUGGCUGGUCUGUUGCAAUUGCGAGUGAAGAGCACGACAUAACUCUCUAGGAUCGUUCAUCUUGCAACAGUCUGGCCACGGACGCUUUGUUUUUCAUCUUACGAGUUUUCGCGUGGGAAACGAAGGGAAAACGUUUCGCGAACUAUGAAACGUCGAUGAAAAUGCGUGGAGGGGAUUUCGAGAUUGUGUUAAGUCGGGGUUAUGAGUCUGCGAGAUGAAAUUCGUAUUUUAUCGACGCUAUUCCACUGAGAAACUGUAUUUCCAGUGAAUCGAUACGAAUGGAAUGCGUUUACUCCUGUUGCUUGUGCGUUGGUUGGUUCGAGGGAGGAAAUUCUUGUGUCUGUCGUUGAUAAUGAAGUAGGGACUAGCGGAGACAUUGUUAGAGAUCAAGUGUGAUUUUUGUGAGCAUUUGAGAGAUUUUAAUUAGAGGAAUGUGUGGGGCCAUUUUGAACGCAAUUGCAGGGUCGUUAAACUCGAGAUGAACUACAUUUCAAACUUGGGUUACCGUCAGGAAUUUAUUUAAAUUCAACUCUUUUGAUAUGUAUAUAAUUACAAAUAAUUACGAGUAGGUUCGACAAAGUGGCAGAAUGGCGACUUUAUAUAUUUAUUCGCCUUGGAGGUAACUCGAGGCGAAUGAAGAAGAAGAAGAUUAUUUAACAGGUUUUUUUAACGAACGAGAAGUAUCCUAUAAAUGCUUCGCUGUACAUACUUUUAAAGUGAGACAUAUUUUAAAAGAAAGAAAAUAUUUUUUAUCCUACUCUUUUAGUUACGAUGUUCGACAGAGAAUAAGACGUUCCCAUUUAUGCUACGAUUUAUAUUAAACUAUCCUAUCCUGUUCUCAGUGUUAUCCGAUGAUCACGCGACGAGCUUAUUACAAUAUACACAGAAAUUAUUUCGACUAGAAUGCAACGCACAGAAAGGACUCCGAAUAAUUUACGUGCUUCCGUGUCUUUUAUAGAACGAUGUAAUAUUUUAUAAGCGAGGACUCAUUCACCAAUAUUUUUGCAAAUAAACGAACAGAUAUUUUCCAUA